UCGACAACAACACACCCGAUCGCCCAGAAGACCCCGACACGCAGUCUUCUAGCCGAACGUAAUCAUGGGUAUCUCACGCGACACUCGCCAUAAGCGAAGCGCCUCUGGUGCUAAGCGUGCCUACUACCGCAAGAAGAGGGCUUUCGAGAAGGGCCGCCAGCCCGCUGCCACCCGUAUUGGUGCCAAGCGUAUCCAUCUUGUCCGCACCCGUGGUGGAAACCGCAAAUUCCGAGCCCUCCGUCUCGACUCCGGUAACUUCUCCUGGGGUUCCGAGGGUGUCGCCAAGAAGACCCGUGUGAUCGGUGUCGUCUACCACCCUUCCAACAACGAGCUCGUCCGCACAAACUCCCUCACCAAGUCUGCCGUCGUCCAGGUCGACGCCGCUCCUUUCCGUCAAUGGUACGAGGCCCACUACGGUUCCUCUCUUGGCCGCAGGAGGCAGGCCAAGUCCGGCGAGAAGGAGGAGGACAAGAAGAAGUCCAAGAGCGUCGAGAAGAAGCAGGCCGACCGCUUCAAGGAGUCCGGCAAGGCCGAGUCCGCUCUCGAGCGCCAGUUCGAGGCCGGUCGUCUCUACGCCGUUGUCUCUUCCAGGCCCGGCCAGAGCGGUCGUGUCGAUGGAUACAUCCUCGAGGGUGAAGAGCUCGCCUUCUACCAGCGUCUCCUCAGGAAGUAGAGGAAUGUUUUUGGUAGGUCUCGGUGCAUCGGUCGGGGCAAAAAAUUGGGUCUUCAUUUCGGUAUCUGGUCUGCAUAGUCUCAAUGCC